UGGGUUAUGUUGCACAGUGUUUAUCAUUAUUUAUCAAGAAUUUGUGAUUUUUUUAAAAGAUUUCAUAAGUGUUUAUUCCACUGCAUGGCAGAAAUUCCGCUUCUGUCAUGUUCAAGUCCUUCUUUACUCUCACUUUCCUCCAUGGAUUUUUCAGUUAUAGGAAUUUAAUGCUGUAAUUUGGUGGACGUGAUCCUUUUUUUUUUUGACACGCUCUGUUAACUUAAUUAAGGAUGUGCAUUUUUUUAAUUCAAAAGUUUUUAAUUUGAAGUACUUUCCACCUCACAUCUCUCUAACAGAAAAUGCUUUUUAGAAUUUUGAUGAAAUUAUUUUGUGGUAAGUGACGGAUACUGCAGCAGAGAUGUUUGAGAAGGACCCAAAACAGACUUUUCUAGAGCAAACAAAAGCAGCUCGAGCUGAGCGAGCUUUUGAAAAGAAGCGGGAGGAAGCUGCCGUCCGCAUUCAAGCACACGUCAGAGGAUGGUCUGCAAGGAACAGUUUCACAAAAACCAUACUGGAUGAAUUUGAUGAAAAUGCUCCUGAUAUCCAAGAUACUUGGAAGAAGCCAUCUUUAUCGCUGUAUAGGGUCUUUUCAAGAUUUCUUUCAGUUUGGAAGAAAGAGAGAGAUAAACAACGUUUUGAAAAACUGUGCAAAUACUUGGUCGUAAGCCUGAAAUCUGAGUCUGUCAAGUUCAGCUACAUUGGCGUACCCAUGAAUAAAGAAUAUGCACUUUCAUGGAUUGACCAGAUCAAGAAGAUCCUCUCGAUUUGCUGUACAUAUCUCGAGGAACUUCACCCAGAGUCCAGCGCCGAUAAGAAAACUAUCAUUUGCUUCUUACACACCUUAGUAGCCUACACUUCUACAAAUACCUGGGUGGCCCUGGCACAUCCGAAUUUUGAAAAAUUAAGACCAGGCAUGAACCAGUUGUGUGCUAAUAUUAUGGGUCAUCUUGUUUCUCAUGGAUUUUAUACCACUUUAAAGACACUUUUGAUGAGAGGAUUAUCACGGUCAAAAGUAGUGCUGACCAAUAUCUCUUUAUCCGCACUAUUGACCCUCGCAACUCGACCACUAUUUUCUUCGAACCUAAGCGAUAAUCUAGUUUCCAUUUUCCUUGUACAAAUUUUAAGUGUACCUGCUUUAGUUUCUCACAUUAGAGAUCUUGCUCCAGAGUAUCUGAACACAUUGCAAAGUCAUAGAACGCUCGAACGAUGUCUGGAGUUUUUGAGCUCACCCCAAGAAAUGCAAACUGUUUUUGAUUCCUUGGAAGCAAGCUACGCACUGUGCUUGAUAGGAAAUUUAAUUCAUCUUGUGUAUUUGUACAAAAGUUCACUUUCGGGGUCCAAUCUGUAUCCAGCUUUCACAGUGGUCAUCAACAAUCUUCUUCAAAACUGCAAAAACUAUGUAGUGUCGAAGCAGUCCAAUUUGACUCACUGGCAUCCCAUCCUCGGGUGGUUUUCACAACCGAUUGAUCCAAGCUUGCGGGAAGCAAUGCCGCAUGUCAGGGCUCAACUAUUUCUGCUCUGGUCACAGCCAUUAAUCUCUGCUCUUUUGGGAGUUGCACUCAGAGAGGCUCUUGAAGUUGGUGAAGUUGCUGUUGAGUUACCUCCGCCUCCGCCCUCCUCGAAUAUUAUCAUAAGAGCCUUGGAAUCCAAGCGAAACAGUAAUGGAAAAAACUACAAAAACAAGCUCGGAAACCCAGAAGUUGUCAAAGUCGCUCAAAUAUCAUCCUUGUAUUACACAACGAUAACGACCUUGACUCAGCUAAAACUGGACAUUUUAUCAGGUCUCUGCUAUCAAGACAAUGUUCUUCAUUUAAUGUGGAAGUUUCUUGUUUCGUUGGGUCCAAACUGUGGCUUAAAGAAUUUUCUUGAGCUGUUAGCAAUGAAUUCAAAAUGCACCGCUCCAGAAUUCGGCUUUCUUAUCCUAUUUUGUGAGUGCAUGUCGCACUAUGUUACCAUAUUAGAUGAUGUCGAAAUGUAUGAGCAUCAGCAACCUUUUACUCUAGUCGAUUUAACAUUCCUCUCCAGUUUCCUUAACUUGUUUCUCUUCAAAGUGAUUUCAAACAAUUUCUUCGACACAAAAAAUUUAAGCUUAUCUGACGGGCUGUUCCACUCUUCACACAGCUUAUUGAUGAUAUUAUACCGCCGGGACUGUCGCCGCAAUUUCACACCGCCCUCGCAUUGGUUGAUUCGUGAUCUGAAAGUUAGCGCUUUCAUGAAUGAUUUAGACAAAAACAAAAAAACAUCACAAAUUUUACUCAAAUACCUUCCACACAUUUUACCUCACUCUGAAAGGGUCCAAUUGUUUCGUAAAUAUGUUGCGAAUGAGAAGAGUCAUCUAGGUAUUUCUGAUUCAGCCUAUGUUUCAACUUUGAUAACAGUUCAUAGAAAUCGAAUGGUAGAGGAUGGGUACCGACAAUUGGCACUUCUUCCUCCUCAGUCAUUGAAAGGUGUGAUACGGGUUCGAUUCAUCAAUGAACAGAGUUUAAGUGAAGCCGGGGUUGAUCGUGAUGGAGUCUUCAAAGAAUUCUUGGAAGAAACAAUAAAGCGAGUGUUUGACCCAUCACUUAAUCUAUUCCGAGCAACAGCUGAAGAGCGACUUUAUCCAUCGCCCACAUCCUCACUACAAGACAAUCAUUUGCAGUUAUUUGAAUUUGUUGGGCGAAUGCUUGCCAAAGCAGUCUAUGAGGGUAUUGUUGUAGAUGUCCCGUUCGCCUCUUUCUUCCUGAGUCAAGUUCUUGGUCAGACGCAACAGGCAUUGUACUCUUUCAUGGACGAGCUGCCAUCACUCGACAAGGAGCUCUACCGCAGUUUGACCUACAUCAAACACUACAAAGGAGACGUUUCAGAAUUAGACCUUACGUUCAUUGCCGAUGAAGACUGUCUAGGGAAGGUCAUGACUCACGAGCUGGUACCUGGUGGUAGGGCUGUCGCGGUGACCAAUCAGAACAAGAUCAACUACAUCCACCUCAUGGCUCACUUUCGUAUGCACACACAGAUCCGAGAGCAAACGGCUGCGUUUAUUCGAGGAUUCCGCAGCAUUAUCAAUCCAGAAUGGCUGUCAAUUUUCUCAACACCCGAAGUUCAGAGGUUGAUCUCUGGGGAUAAUGUGCCUCUAGAUCUUAACGAUCUAAGACGCCAUACGCAGUACUCAGGCGGCUUCCACGACUCACAUCGAGUUAUUCAGUGGUUAUGGGAUAUCUUGAACAAGGACUUUAAUGAAGAAGAACGUAAGCUCUUCCUGAAGUUUGUCACUUCCUGUUCAAAGCCUCCACUCCUUGGUUUUGCACACCUUGAGCCACCUUUCUCGAUCCGCUGCAUGGAAGUUCGAGAUGACGAAGACACAGGUGACACGAUUGGCAGUAUCAUCCGAGGUUUUUUCACCAUCAGGAAAAAAGAUCUUCAACAUAGGCUUCCCACCUCUGCAACUUGUUUCAAUCUCUUGAAGUUGCCAAUCUAUCAGCGAAAAAGCACUUUGCGAGAAAAGCUCCGUUAUGCCAUCACUAGUAACACAGGGUUUGAACUAUCGUAAGGUAGGAUAGACUGUCUUUUUUGCAAGAAAAUUGAUUUUGACAAAAGGUUCAUCUAACAAUAUCAGAAAUACCCCAUUAUACCCCGAAAUAAAUUUAUAAGAAUCUUAGUUUUCUCAAAGGAAUUAAAGGAACUUUGGUAAGUCAGUCACUCUUAUGAAAUUAAUGACGAAUGUGUCAUGUAUGUCCGAACAAAUGAUUGUUGAACACAAACCUCAACUCUGCUUUUAUCUUUGUUCGUACUUAGCGUUCUUCUCUUGUGCAUUCCAGUGAGAGGUCAUGAGUCAUUCUCUUCUUCUAUUUAUAAUGUAUCAAGUUGUCUGAUUAUUUUCACAAGUGUGAAAAUGCUUAAUACUGCAAACACAGAGCAUGACCUCUGAUUUAAGGAAGUACUUAAAAAUUAUUAACAUUGUUUGUAGGAAUUUUGGGCCAAAAUUCUAAGAAAAAGUAGUGAGUUGGGUGAAAGUUCCAAGAAAAAGUAGGGAGUUGGGUAAAAAUUCGCAGGAAAUCUUGGGCAUUGACUUCAAAAAUAAUUUGCUGAAUCAUAGCUUGUAGCCAAGAUCUUGGACCUUUCUACAAUCCUUGUUAUUAAAUUGCUUAGUUUUGAAGUUUUUAAGCCCUCUACAAUAAGAUAUUCAUCCAGCACUCCUUUUAGCAGUGGUACUAAAACCCCAAUUUUAAAUUUUAUGGUUUUAAGGUCUCUUUUCCCAUGCACAUCACAUAUCUUGCCCAGAUAAUCGCUUUAAUUUUACACAGGAAGAUUUUUAAUUAAUCCAUAAUGUUUAAAAAAUGUAUAAUCUGCGACUCUCAACCGUACAGUGAGAUUCAUUCAAAAUUUGAGUACUUUACUCCGCCUUAUUUUAGACAUAUAAGGCCACUUUAUAAGAGUACAAAAUUUGAAAAUAUUUUCUGAUCUUUCGACUUGCCUGUGCAAGCUCAGAUGGUCAACUACUUGUAACAAAUUGAUGUUUUCUCUGUGAUUCGGUGCUAGGGUUAUCAUGAUUUUUUGUUUGUUUUAGUCGUAGUUAAGUGUCAAAAAGUUGUAGAAUUAUGUACUAAAAUUUUUGUAUCAUCUGCCAAAACAGUGCCUCUUCAAAAUCAAUCUUACAAUAAUCUGUCUUUGAAAUUCAUUCAAAACUUUAAGUUUUACUUGCUCCUGAGAAAUUGAAAACCCCCCUCAUCUGUACCACGUCAUCUCCCAGACGGAGGAAGGUAACUCCAUUUCAAGGUUGUAAAAUGAACAAAAGUAGUUCAUUUCAGGAGAAAUGUAAGAGAAUUUUUCAGUCAGAAAUGCCUUAUAGUUUUCCAGUGAAAAUAUACAUUGUGAUUGGAAACUUAGCAACAUUGAAAUGCACUCAUGUUCUUUUGUCUGGAGGAUGAUGAAUAGUGCAAUCUUUCAAACUUAAGUUAUGAACAUUCCAAAACUCCAUGCAUAGAAUCAGGUGCUUGUUAUAAUUUCUUUUUCUGCAGUAGUAUUGAAUUUUGCUUUAUUACUAAAGCCUUUUAUGUUUCAAAGAAACAAUUUGUGUGAAGAAAUACUCAACAAAAACGCACUGUGAUAUCAGCACUUUUUGGUUUUCUGUCAUUAGUGGAAAAUUUUGAAUACUUUUCCAUAUUUCCCACUAUUCCUAUUUUACUAAAGACAAGGCUUAUAACAUUCCUGAUAUGGAGGGACCGAAAAUAGUUAAGCUCAAUUUUGAGUGAAAGAAGAAGGAUCUAAGUCAUCAUUGUCUCCCGCACAAAGAAAUGUAUCUUGAUUGUGCAGUUCUAAUAUUUCCUACAAAUGUUUCAUUUUUUCACAGGAAAACUGUCUUAUGAACUGUCUAAAAUUUUUAGUGACUUUUCCUUCCACUUGUCUGACGAAUUCUAAAAUUUUCAGAAGAAUUUUUUCGUCAGUCCUCCGAUGAAAAAAUAAUGUUUGCAGAAUUACUGAAACUGCGCAAUUGAGAUUUGUUUCUUCAUGCGGGAGAGGAAGUGAUAUGAACUUUUUCAAAUGUGUAGUUUCUCAGGGGGAAUGUAUCCAUAUAUGAUGUUCUUACAAAGGAUUUUCAAAAACCAACGCAUGUCUUUUGUAGUGCCUUGGUACUAACAUGUUCUUUCAAAACUACCCUCGUGGGUAGAUUUGGUCUGCUAAAUUAUGCCCAAAGUCUAAGAACAAAGUUUAGUCCAAUUUUUUUAUUUUUGGACCGUUCUCUCGCAGAAAAGAUGAGCUAGCACAUAAAACAGCACUACUUACUUCACUAUUUUUAAACCUGACUGUUCAAAAUUGGGUAUCAUGACAGUAAGUAAAUUGUAGCUGUGUUUUUUCCCCUCAGACUUUUCUCACCAAAGUAAAAUCAAAUGAUGGCCAUUAUUUUCAUUUCUUUGAUUCUUUACGACUAAGUCCUGGUCCUCAAAGAGUUUUGAGAAUCAUAGUAACAACGAUUUUAAUUUUACUUUUUUUUCAUAAUUUAACUGCAUGAGUCUGUUGUAGAACAGAUAUCCAUCACUUCAUUUGACUUUUCAAUGUAAUUUAUUUUCAAUUAUUUUUGAAUCCUUGUGGCUAUCUAUCGAUUUUUGAAGAAUGUAUUUGCUAAUAAAAUUUACUCUUAUUGAUUUUCUAUUAGAUUUAGGGAAGAGAGAAAACGUAGGAUAAAGUCAUUUUUUCCUCUCUUGAUAAAAUCUAUUCGUAAAGUGUAGCUGUUUUUUAUACUUAAGGUAUUCAAGAGAUGAUUGGUCAAAGGUUAAGCCCCUUUGCGUCAUUUAAUUUUGAAAAUCAGGUGUCUAAAUGUAUGAUGCAAUAAUCAUUCUCUUUCUGUCUUAGGAGUUAGCCAAAGAUAAGUUAAGCUCUUAUUUUUUUUCAUUUGGAAGUUUCAAAGUAAUUAGUCAUUUCAAACCUGUUCUCAAAUGAGUAUCACCAAUAAAGCAACGAAUUGAUCCACGAGGCAUUCAACCACCAGGUGCUCCAUGGAUCAUUCUCAGGUGGUCUGCAUUUGCCUGUCAGAAAUUACUCUGAAAAUAGGAAAAAAUACGUAACAAACAAAAACGUAUAGCUUUAUAGAGGGAUUUUCGGAAAUUUUUCUUUGUCUUUAAUAUUAAAUUAUUUUAAAUAAUCAAACUGAAAAAGGAAGUUCUUCAAUUUUCAUACGUGGUCUGCAUUUUCUUCCUUUGGUAAAAAAGUGGACUGCGGCCAAAGAAGUUAUUGAACUGUUGCAAUCUAUUGUGUCAAUCUCAGGGUAAGACUGGUUUUCCUCUCUAAAAUGUGGAAGCUGUUUUGUAUGAAGAGAGGAAUCUAUGCGAUUUUGAAAUUGCAACUUUCAGAUGAUCUUAAAAAAGAAAAAGAAAAGAAUUGUAAAAUAAAAACUUAACAUUUAAGUUAAGUUGUCCUUUCCUAAUCCUUGAAUGUACUCCUAUAUUUUUGUUUGUAUCUGCGUUUUGUAAUUUUUCUAAGAAUUUUUAGACUAUUUUUACGGAAGGAGUCCAUCAAUAAUAAUUUUGAACUGAGAAAUGAAAUUUAGUGAUUUUUUAUCUGUAAAUGUUGAAACUUUUCUGAAGGGAGGUCACAAUGACCGUAUCAGUACACGUAAGGUCCACUCUUAUUGUUAUUUCUUUUAUACACAUAUUUAAAUUAUGUACUUGCAUGAAUGUAUUUUACAUUGUUUCCCUGUAACAAUUUUUAUUUAGUCCUUCGAUGUUUAUUAAAAACCUAACUGUCGUACAAUA